UUGGUUUGGUUACCACGUGAUCGUGUUUGUUCCUUUGAACACGUGCCCUCUCUGUCAACCAAAUUGCAACCGUCCAUCUAAUCGCAUGGUCUCUCCAUCAGACGCGCUGAUUUACACUGUCCACAAGACACAAACACCUAACAAACUAUCUUCCGUUUGCUGUACUUAUGAUGAGAGUGACACAAAGCUUAAGUAAAGCUUCAAAACAGAAUACAAUCUCAAACACGAGUCAUAGGAUACAAAAACUGAAAAGAACCCAUGUCGCCAAACGCUAAACUCAGUAGUAAUAUCAUUUUCUUCUUUCUCUUCUUAACCGCCUCCUUCGCCGUCUCCGAACAAAAGCUAACCGCUUACAACGCCGUCAGACGCUACAACUUACCACCAGGAAUCCUCCCAAAAGGCGUCUUGGACUACGAGCUCAACACCAAAACCGGAGAUUUCAAAGUCUACUUCAACGACUCGUGUGAAUUUACCAUCCAAUCGUACCAGCUCAAGUACAAAUCAACCAUCUCCGGCGUUAUAUCCCCCGGUCAUGUCAAGAAUCUGAAAGGGGUUAGUGUUAAGGUGCUUCUCUUCUGGGUCAAUAUCGCUGAAGUGUUUAUUAACGGCGCCGGUCUCGAUUUCUCCGUCGGAAUCGCGUCGGCGAGUUUCCCGGCGGCUGAUUUCGAAGAGAGUCCUCAGUGUGGUUGUGGGUUUGAUUGUAAUGGGCUUUUGUUUUCUUCUUAAAUCGACUGGGCCUUGUAUUGUGUAUACUGAAUAAAAAAAAGGCUUCUGUCAUAACUUAUGAGUAUGAAGAUUAUUAGUUAAAUUAAUUAAUAAUCUAGUUAAUGUGUGUAAUGUGUAUGAUUAGGUUUCUUUAUGUCAGUCUACACUGUACACAUGUGGUGUCUUAACCAUUUUUUGGUUUA